AUGCAGCAGCAAUUGGCUUCAAUCAUGUGGGACGUACAACAGCUGAAGAUGGGAAAGGUGGACACACCUCCCGUCCCGGUGCAGAAUUCAGCUCUGCAGCAUGCAGCGCUGCCGAUGCCAGCUCUGCAGAAUGCAGCGCUGCCAAAUUCAGCCCUGCAGAAUGUUGAGCCUUGUGGUAUAUGUGGAGAUUUCAGCCAUGGAGCUAAUGAGUGUCACAGAAUGGGCGAGUUUACUCCGGAGGGUCAAGCUGAGAUCUAUGCGGCACAAGGAUUUCAAAACUACAAUCAAGUGCAGAGCAGACCGUACGGGCAGAAUUUUAAUCAAGCUCAACAAAAUGUCAAUGGUGGAUGGAGAGCUCCGCAGCAGAGUGCACAGCCCAUGCCACCACAGAAAACGUCGCUAGAAGAUACUUUGCAAGCUCUCAUGGAGAUUAGUAAACAAAAUAUGGAGAUGACUAAGAAGAAUAUAGAGUCCCAAGCAUCUACCAUAAAAAGGCUUGAAACAACUGUUGGCCAACUUUUCGGUACUUUGAAUCAAAUCCAACAACAGCAGCCCGGAAAAUUCCAUGGCCAGCCCUUGCAAACUCACCAAGCUCAAGUUGUCACUGUUCUGCGCAGUGGUAAGAUGGUGGAUAACAAAGUGGAAGUGCCAGCGCUGCCCAGGCCAGCCCUGCCGAAUUCAGUGCUGCCAGCUCUGCCGAAUCCUGCUCUGCCGAAUUCAGCUAUGCAGACUCCAGCCACGUCAGCUAUGGCAAAUCCAGCACUGCAGAACUCAGCUAUGCAGUAUUCAGCUAUGUCAAAUCCAGCAAUGCAGAACUCAGCUAUGCAGUAUCCAGCUCUGCCGAAUCCAGCUCUGGACAGGAGGAGGGAGCCGAGCCCAACGUUGCCGAAUCCAGCUCUGCAGAAUUUAGCACUGCCAGACCCAGCUAUGCAGACUUCAGCUCUGCCACAUCCCGUUACACAAACUCCAGCUCUGCCGACUUCCGUUAUGCCAAAUCCAGCCUUGACAAAUCCAGCCUUGACAAACCCAGCUUUGCAACAAUCAGCUAUGCAGAAUCCUGCUCUGCGAGCUCAACCCUGCCGAGUCCAGCCCUGA